AUGUUUGAGGCACGCCUUGAUCAAGCAGUUUUGCUGAAAAAGCUUCUGGAGGCUAUGAAGGACCUGGUGAAUGAUGCAAAUUUCGAGUGCAGUCCUUCUGCUCUGAGCUUGCAAGCUAUGGACACAUCCCAUGUGGCUUUGGUGGCCAUGCAGCUGCGAUCUGAUGGAUUUGCACACUUCCGCUGUGAUCGGAACCUCAGCAUGGGCAUGAAUCUGAAUAACAUGAGCAAGUGCCUCAAAUGUGCUGCAAACGAUGACAUCAUCACCUUGAAGGCAGAAGACACAGGAGACUCCCUCACGUUCCUCUUUGAGUCUGUGAACCAGGAGAGGCACAGCGACUUCGAGCUGAAGCUCAUGGACAUUGACAGCGAGCAGCUGGGCAUUCCAGACACAGAGUACUCAGCAACUGUGAAGAUGCCCUCUGGCGAGUUCCAGCGGAUAGCAAAGGACUUGGGCACCAUCGGGGACACGGUACUCAUGUCAGUGACAAAGGACGGCAUCAAGUUCUCCAGCAGCGGGGACAUUGGCAGCGCCAACAUCACUGUUAGGCAGAACACGAAUGUGAAGGACCAGGAGGAUGCGACGGUGAUAGACCUGCAGCAGCCGGUCUCGCUCAGUUUCGCGCUCAAGUACAUCAACUCCUUUGCCAAGGCCACUCCACUCUCCCCGCAGGUCAUUCUGCGGCUGUCCAAGGACUUGCCCUUGGUGGUGGAGUACCGGAUACAGGAUAUGGGUCAUCUCAGUUUCUACCUGGCUCCAAAAGUGGACGAUGAGGAUGAGAUGGGUGAGGAGUAA